AUGGCACGGAGUAAUGAGAAAACCCAAGGCCAAAAGCGUCCCGCCGAUGGUGAUCCGGAUGGCGCGCAACCACUAACCAAGCGAUUCGGCUUUCUUCAGAUUGAUCAUGACAGCCAUGCUCGGACCAAAGACACUGACUCGUCUUCCCUCGACUCUGCCAUGCUAUUAGAUGACACGUCUUCUUUCGACUCUACCAUGCUAUUAGAUGAUACCAAACACACCACUUAUAUCUAUAAUUUGGAUCAUGAAUUGGCCGAGCCUGAACCAACCGAUACCCUGGUGCUACUGCCCCUCGCGGCCAGAAUGAUCUCCAUGCCUAAACCGGUGUUGUCGUCCAACCCAGCGCAGGGCAAAGAGUUGGUUCUCUACACUGAACCUUCAUCUCUGACGGUUCCUAAAGAACAGGAUAGUGUACGCAAAGCAAUCAUCGAAUCGAGAGCGCGGGCUCGCGCUUCCCGACCCAUACCUGUCAACCACUCGGACUCGAACGCAAACUAUGGCGUUUUCCAAUCAGACCAUGAUGAUCCAAUGGAUAUGGAUUUGGAUCCAUGA